AUGUCUGUCUUUCGGCAAGCAGUUACAUUCCUGACACUAGGAUCUCAGGUCUAUGCGUUUUCGUUGCAAACUACAUAUGACUCGAGUAACUUUCUAAAUAAGUUCAAUUUUCGCGAUGUGCGCGACCCAACGGACGGAUCGGUCAAUUAUCUGAGCAAGGCUGAUGCUUUAUCGUCUGGAAUCGUGAACACAAACAACAACCAAGUUUAUCUUGGCGUAGACUUCACCAACAAGGCACAGCUUAUUAAAGAUAGCACAACCGUUCAUGGCCGAAAUAGUGUGCGUUUGGAGUCUGUUGACACCUGGAGCUCAGGUAUCAUGAUAGCAGAUAUCGCGCACAUGCCAGGAACGGCGUGUGGUGUCUGGCCGGCAUUCUGGGCAUACAACUUUGACGAAAAUCCCGUCGGAGAGAUUGACAUUAUUGAGAAUAUCAACAAUCCGACUCAGAAUAUUGUUUCUCUACACACCUGUGGCCAGUGUACUUUCACCAACAUUGGUGGCACGGAGGGAAGAUCUAAUUGUAACAACGGGGGGACGAUAUCGCAACAAUGCGAAGACGGAACAAACUUUGACGGAUGUGGUAAUACGAUGACCAAAGGUUCCUACGGACCUACAUUUAACUCAGCUGGAGGCGGCGUUUAUGCUACAUGGCUGGCGAGUGAUGCUCUUAAGCUGUACUGGUGGAAGAGAAGCGAUAUCCCCGCGGACAUUACCAGUGGUAACCCUGAUCCUACUAAAUGGGGCACCCCUGCUUCACAAUUUACCAGCGGCAGCAAUUGCAACAUUGGGAAAUACUUCAAAGAUUUAACGAUUAUCAUCAACACCGAUUUCUGCGGCGCCAGUAUAGACCAGGGCACCUGGGACUCCGGUUGCUCACAGUCUACUGGCGCGAGUACCUGCGACGAUUACAUUACUAAUAAUCCCCAAGCGUUCAACGAUUCCUACUGGUUGUUCAACUCCAUCAAGAUCUAUAACUAA